ACAGUACAUCGAUGAGAUGAUGGUGCCGUACAAAGGAAAACUUGGUGGCAUAAGGCAGUACAUCAAAGGGUAGCCACAUCCGUGGGGAUUCAAAGUGUGGGGGGCCUGCUGUGUCACUGGCUUCCUGCACGAUUUUGAUAUAUAUCAAGGAAAAGGAGGUGCCAAUGAGCAAAAAGGGAAGAGUCAGUUGGGAGUUGGUGGAGACAUUGUGGUGAAGCUAUGCGACUCGCUUGCAGAGAAAGUACGUUUCCUGAUUUUUGCUGACAAUUUCUUCACUUCAAUGCCCCUCAUUGAGAAAUUAUUGGCAAAGGGAAUCUACUACACAGGAACUGUUCGAAAAAAACGCAUGUCAAAGUGCACCCUGAUGACAGACAAAGACCUGUCCAAGAAAGGCCGUGGAUCAUAUGAUCAUCGAAUCGAGUCCAACACCAAUACUGUGUUUUUGAAAUGGCAAGACACAAAAGCAGUCACUUUGAUGUCAACAUAUGCUGGACCAGAGCCUUUGGGAAAAGCCCGCCACUGGGACAAGUCCAAAAAAGAGUACAUCAACAUUGAUCAGCCAAACAUCAUCAAGGAGUACAACGCUUCCAUGGGAGGAGUUGACAUGCUGGAUGCACAUCUUGCACGCUCGUGACUGUGAGGCCCAGGGAAUCCCAACAUCGAAAGUACUCAAACUUCGCAAGUUUCAGGGUUUGGUUGCUGAAGGCUUGGUUCAAGUUGGAACAGCAAGAAGUCGGGGUAGGCCAACAACUUCUGGCCUCUCCUCCCCGCCACCACAAAAAUUUGUUUGAGUUUACAAGAGUGCAGAUGUUCAUUUCGACCAAAUCGCCCAUUGGCCUGUCAAGAAGAAAAAUCGCCGUCGAUGUGCUGUGUGCAAGGACCUCAAAACUGAAAUGCACUGUGAAAAAUGUGCUGUUCCACUCUGCAUCAACAAAAAAAGAAAUGGCUUCAAAGACUAUCACAAUGUCUAGCGUGAAUUCAUGGAUAAGAAAAUGCCCGUGGUCUGGGGGGGGUUUUUUCACCACAAAAAUUAGUUUGAGUUUACAAGAGUGCAGAUGUUCGUUUCGACCAAAUCGCCCAUUGGCCUGUCAAGAAGGAACAUUGCCAUCAUUGAACUGUGUGCAAGGAGCUCAAAACUGAUAUGCAGGGACUGUGAAAACUGUGCCUCGUGUUCUUUUGUUUCAAACUGAAUCCAGUUCUGACAUGCAACAAAUAAAGAAAAAAAAAAAACCUUGUUAAAUGUAGCUGUGUGGU